AUGGCGCUGAAAAUAAUAAAAAAAUUAACCAAACAAAAAUACCAUUUGUUUUUAAAACGAGGAUCUAUAUUAUUUUUUUUCAUUAUAUAUUUUUCUUCAUGUAAUGGAUUUCCGACCCAAAUCGAAAAUGUUUGCCGUACUUUAGAAUGCAAUAAGACUGCAUUAAGAGUUCUCAAGUACAUGGAUGCUACCGAAAACCCUUGUGAUAAUUUUUACAAAUUCGCUUGUGGUAAUUUCUUAAAUUACACUAGUAUCCUCGAUGACCAGGAAAAAGUAGAUACCUUCAGUGUUAUAACAGGCAAAGUUCUAGAGCAAUUAGAAAUAAUUGUGCGGGAAAAAAUUUCACCGAAUACGCCCAAACGUCUGAAACUUGUUAAGACAUUUUACGACAUUUGUAUGAAUGAAACUGCUAUGAAACAAUAUGGGACAAAUCCUUUGAAAGAUAAAUUCAAUAAAUUGGGAGGCUGGCCAGUACUAGAAGGAACUAAAUGGAAUGAAGACGCUUUUAACUGGACCAAUACUCUCUACACACUGCGUGAGAUGGGAUAUUCUUUUAAUUAUCUUUUUAACCUCGAAGUAGCUACAGAUUUAAAAAAUAAUACUAGAAGAGUAAUAAACCUAAAGAUGCCUGAAUUGGGAUUAGGUUUUUUGUUUACAUCAAAAGGCCUGGAAGAUAAAACAGUAAAGAAUUACAGAAAAUAUAUGGUUGAUGUUGCUGUCCUUCUGGGAGCUGAUCGUGAAUAUGCUGAGAAAGAGCUUAUCAACUCAUUUUUACUUGAAGUGGUAUUAGACAAUUCAAGUCUACAAAAUAUCAUUAAAAUCGGUGAUACUUACAAUGAAAUGACUGUAACUGAGUUAGAAGUAAAGUAUCCUAGUAUCCCAUGGUUGGAGUACUUCAAUAAAAUUUUUCAACCUCAUUUCAACGUAGACAAAAACCAAAAAAUAUUUGUUUAUAUUCCUUACUACUUAUCAGAAUUUGAAAAAACUAUGAACACAACUUCAAAGAGGACUUUAGCAAAUUACAUGCUAUGGAGAGUUUUUAUUGACUCUGUGGCAUAUUUGAACGAUGAAAUCCGUGAACCGCAAAUUGAGUUUACAAACUCUUUAACUGGACAAUCAAAAGAAACACCUAAAUCAAAGCAAUGUUUUGAUAAUAUUUUACUUUAUUUGAGCCAUAGUAUUGGUGCUCUUUACGUAAAAAAUUAUUUUAAUGACGCUAUUAAAAACAACACCAGAGAACUAGUUAAUCAUAUUGAAAGCCAAUUGAAAGUGACCUUAGAAAAGCUCGACUGGAUGGACGAAGAAACUAAAAAAAAUGCAUUAGAUAAAGUUAAUGCUAUAACGAACCGUAUAGCUUAUGAUGAUGGAAUUUUGGAUGACGAUAAAAUGAACGAAGCUUAUAAAAAUUUUGAUUUAUCCGAAAAUAGUUCUUAUUUAGAUAUGAUAUUGAGCAUUAGACUUUUUAAGUAUAAUAUUACUUUUAAAUUAUUAAAAAGUUCAUUUGAUAAGAAUAACUCGAGUUUUUACAUGAAUCCAACAAUUGUUAAUGCGUUUUAUCUUGCUAAUUAUAAUGAGAUGAUUUUACCUGCAGCUGUUCUUCAAGGUAAUUUUUUCAACGUUGAUCGCCCGCGAUAGAUGAAUUAUGGAGCAAUUGGUUUUGUAAUUGGCCAUGAAAUUAUUCAUGGUUUCGAUAAUACUGGAAAAGAUUAUGAUAAAAAUGGUAAUUUAAAGAAUUGGUGGGAAUCAUCAACGAAUGUGGAAUUUUUCAAAAAAGCAUCAUGUUUAAAAAAUCAAUACAAUAAUUAUACUGUGAAAGAAGCUGGAAUUAACAUAAAUGGAUUAUCCAUGAUUUCUGAGAAUGUUGCUGAUAAUGGAGGAGUUAAAUUAGCCUAUUUAGCUUACAAAAAUUGGACUAGCUCAAACAAGCCAGAACCUCGACUUCCUGGAUUUGAAUGUUUUUCACCAACUCAAAUGUUCUGGAUAAGCACAGCCCAAAGUUGGUGUACUAACCAACGCCCCGAAAUUACAAAAACAUAUUUGCUAAUUGACGACCACAGUCCAGCAGAGUUUAGAAUAAUAGGAUCGUUUUCGAAUAUGAAAGAAUUUUCUGAUGAUUUUCAGUGUCCCUCAGAAUCUCCAAUGAAUCCAAAAGAAAAGUGUACUGUGUGGUAG